AUGCUGUUAUUGUUGCCUGCUACCGCCGCCGACUACCUCACAUUCGACGACGAAUACAUGGCCCCCGGUAUCCCCAGCUACAACGACCCUCCUAUGGCCAUCACCAGUGUGAGCAAUGGGACUAUGCCGUACUACAAUCCGCCGCCACCAGUGACUACUGCGGACGACUUUAUCCCGCCGGUGGUCGACGUACAACCGUCACAGAUCACGUAUAACGUGAUCGAAUUACCCGCUCCUACCAUGCCAGCAGCACCACCCACACAUACCCCUACGAGCCCGCUGGUGAUGGUUAAAUCGGAACCGGUGACGAGACCGUCGCUGACGCUGUUUCCCUUCCAGCCGCUGCCAGUGCUCCCUAAAGCGGAGGCGGUACCAAAAGCGAAAAAAACCCCACGUCGCCAUUUGAGCCACGACCAGAAAAUGCGCCAUAAUAAAGUCGAAAAAAAGUACCGCCACAACAUAAAUACCAAAAUCGCCAUUCUCCAGAACGUGAUUCCGUGGACGGCGACCAAAGUGCUGAAUUUCGAGUGUGACGAGUUCACGGCGGAACCCCCGAAAAAAGACGGUGGCCACAAAAUCAAUAAGAGCGAGGUGUUGGACAUCGCCACCAACUACAUAUUGCAUCUUCAAGGCCAGUCGGAACUAAUGAACCAGGAGUUGUUGUUCCUUCGGCUGGAGCUCGCUAAGUUCCGCCACCCCUUGCCCCCGUCACCUCUUGGCGAGCAGUGA